AGGAAAGAUAAGUUUAUCUCUGCAAAAAAUUGCCCCUCACGACGAAAAAGAGAGAGAUAGACAGAGAGAAAGAGCACCGAAGCCAAAACCAUAGUACCAGAAAAUCCACACCCCCAAACAAACCCACCCUCUCUCUCUAUUUUUCUCAAACUCUCUCUCUUAAUUUCUUCGAUGGCAAGUAAUAACGCACAUUCAUGGGUCAUUCAUCGUUGGUGUCUUAAAACCCUAACCCUAACGCGAAGAUAGUCAUCAUCUCUCAACUAUACACUCUGAAACUGUCGAACCGCUAUGGACGAAGAGAGGUUCGUAUCUUCUCGAGAAAACCCUAGAUUUCUUGGUGGGUUCAGCAACGGUGGUAUCAACAACGUCAAUAAACCCAUCAUGCCUGGUGGUGAAAUCGUAGUGCAAAAGGGUCUGCCUACGAUUCUCGAUCGAUUCAAGGCUAUCUUGAAGGAGAGAGAAGAGGAAAUGAUGGUUUUGUCAAGCGAAGAGGUUACAGUAGAAAUUGUAAGGCUCUAUGAAUUGGUUUUGUCGGAGCUCACUUUGAAUUCCAAGCCAAUCAUCACCGAUCUCACGAUAAUUGCUGGAGAACAGAGAGAGCACGCCGAGGGGAUUGCUGAUGCGAUUUGUGCGAGGAUUAUUGAGGCUUCAGUUGAGCAAAAACUUCCUUCUCUUUAUCUUUUAGACAGCAUCGUGAAGAAUAUUGGCCGGGAAUAUGUUCGGCACUUCUCUUCCCGUUUGCCUGAGGUUUUCUGCGAGGCCUACAGGCGAGUUCACCCUAACCUGCAUCCUGCUAUGCGCCACCUCUUUGGGACCUGGUCGACAGUGUUUCCACCUGCAGUACUUCGCAAGAUUGAGGCUCAAUUGCAAUUUUCUCCAUCAGCAAAUAAUAAAUCUACUGGCCUGACUUCCAUGCGGGCUUCUGAAUCGCCUCGACCCACUCAUGGAAUACAUGUCAAUCCAAAAUACUUGGAAGCAAGACGUCAAUUCGAACAUUCAAUUGCGGAUAAUAACAAUCAGGAUCCAAGAGGAUCUUCUUCAACUUUAAAGAUCUAUGGACAAAAACUUGCCAGUGGAUAUGAUGAAUAUGAUUCUGAUAAUGCAGAAGUCAUGUCAUCACAGACUGGAGCCCAACAAUUGAGCUCAACUGGUCAUGCAGGUCAUACUUCUUUUACUCUUGGUGCUGGAAAGCUGCUUCCAACUUCGGCUGCCAGGCUUGCAAAGUCGUCCUCUCCUUUUAGAAUUGAGCGUGGCAGGUCAUUAUCACCUCCAGGUGAUGAAUUUGCAGUGGAUAAUUCUCCCAGAAGGGUUGUUGAACAGGCUUCCCCCUCUCAUCUUGGAUUUGAAUAUGGAUUUGCCAGAAAGACAGCCAGAGAGGAUGUAUCAAGUGACUGGAUGAGAAAUCACUGGUCUGAUGGUAAUUAUAGGCGAUUUGAAACUUCUGCUGUAUAUAAUAAUGAUGUUGAGCUGCAAAGACCGAGAGCGUUAAUUGAUGCUUAUGGAAAUGAUCAAAGGAAACAAACUCUGAACACCAAGCCUUUGAAGGUUGAUAUCAAUGGCAUAGACAAUAAGGUUGGUACAAAAACAUGGCAGGAUACUGAAGAAAAAGAGUUUGAUUGGGAAGAUAUGAGCCCAACUUUUGUAGACCGCAGUCGGAGUAAUGAUCUACUUCCACCAUCAAUUCCACCUCUUGAUAGCUUUAGGACAAGACCUGGCCAUGGAACAUACAAUCCAUUACCCCUGGGCACUGAUUUCAGGAGAAGAAACAUGUCCAGUCAUGCGCAUGCGCAGAUUUCUUUGGUUAAUGAUUCUUCAACUAAUCUUGAAGAUGCAGUUCCAAAUGUCAAUUCAGGCGGUGGAUCAAGCAGUAACAUUAUGGGAUUACAUGAUGAGACUACACAAUUUUUGGGAUCUCGUUAUCCUCAAGAAGCUCGGAAUUUUCCGCACUAUCUUGCUCAGUCUUUGCAACAUCCUCUUAAUUUCAAAGGAAGUGCAAGGCAUUUCCAAAAAUUUCCUUCAUCAGGUGGUGAGCAAAAUCCUCCAAUUAACAGUUUUCCAGAUGCCGAUUCACAAAAUCACGGGUCCUCUACUGUGGUAUCAAGGAUGGGAGCUGCAAGUAUUGAUUCUUGGAAGUCCGAGCCUCUGUCAGAUUCUGUACCACCAUCAACAGGGGCUUGGCCUCCAGUACAUAUACAAAAAUCUCACCCACUUCCUAUGCUACCUCAUCUUCCAUCGCAGCAACAGAGUAAGAGCCAGUUUGAUUCAAUAAAUGCUAGCAAUACAAUUAUGAAUCAAGGUCUAAAUAAGUCAUUUUUGCCUGAGCAUCAGUUUAAUGGUAUUGAAAACAAGGCACUGAGCUCGAUAAAGCUGCCUUCAUUUCACAAUCAGCAGGCUGGACGAUUCCCUUCAAAUCCACAGAACCCGGAACAAGUCACUUCUGUACAUCCUCAAUUGCCAUUGUCUCAGGAUGUUCGGCAAAAUUUGGUUCCACCUCCUGCAGUUCCUGCUGUGGUUUCCAUGCCAUCUCUGGUACCACCCUUGGCUCAUGGAUAUAACCUACAAGGGAAUAAUACCACUAUAAGUAAUGUACUGUCAAACUCAGCUCCUGGUGUGCAUCCAUAUAUGCCGAUUCUCAGUACACCAAGCAGCUCUAUGCUUUUUCAAGGGGGUGGUUUGCCGCCUUUACCUCCAGGGCCUCGUCCUACUUCAUCACAAAUGUUACCUAUCUCACACAAUCCAGUUCCCAUUGGCCCUCAUCCUCAAUCUGGGAGUGCAUUUUCGGGUUUGUUUAGUUCUCUCAUGGCUCAAGGUUUGAUCUCAUUGACAAAACAAGCUCCUGUGCAGGAUUCUGUUGGACUUGAGUUCAACCCUGAUGUUCUUAAGGUGCGCCACGAAUCUGCAAUAACUGCUUUAUAUGCUGAUCUCCCAAGACAAUGCACGACAUGUGGCCUUAGGUUCAAAUCCCAAGAGGAGCACCGUAGUCAUAUGGAUUGGCAUGUCACAAGAAACCGGAUAUCCAAAACCCGUAAGCAGAAGCCUUCCCGUAAGUGGUUUGUCAGUGUUAGCAUGUGGCUUACUGGCACAGAAGCAAUGGGAACUGAGGCAGCCCCUGGGUUUUUACCUGCUGAGAGUGUUGUGGAGAAGAGGAUGAUGAAGAAUUUGCUUGUUCCUGCUGAUGAGGAUCAUGUCUGUGCACUGUGUGGAGAGCCUUUUGAUGAUUUUUAUAGUGAUGAGACUGAGGAAUGGAUGUACAAGGGAGCUGUAUACAUGAAUGUUCCCAAUGGGUCAACAGCAGGCAUGGAUAGGUCUCAGUUGGGCCCCAUAGUACAUGCAAAAUGCAGGUCCGAGUCUAGUGUGGUUUCCCCUGAAGGUUUUGGACUAGAUGGAGGGGGAUAUACUGAAGAGGGUAGUCAAAGGAAACGGUUGCGGAGUUAGCUUGCUUAGAUUGUCUUUUAGGUUCUCUCUACCAUAAUCCUGACUUUCGUCUGUUAAUGGUAUGCUUUUAAUUUACGUAGCUUUGGAGCUGGCGAUGCCUUGGUCUCUUGCCAGAAUCAUGUACAUGUAUAGUUGAACUUGUACCAUGCGCAUUCUCUUGCAGAAAAAAGGUUACAGAUACAUCUCUUUUCUGGCACUCUGCUCUUCACUUAUCGAUCAAACUUAAAGAGGGAUUUAAAACCUUGUUUUUUAUACUGUUACUAAUAGGCAUUUUCUUCCAUUUUUUUGACCUUUGAAUUGUAUUAUGAAAUCAGAAUCUACAAAGCCGAGAUCUACAA